CUCAGACAGCACACGCGCAAGGUGUCGACAACAGCGGCUCUAUCAAAAUGGCGGUAACUGAUCCAAACAUCGACCUAUUCGAUGCUGUCAGGGAUGGAUCACUUCGAGGCGUUGAAGCGGCUUUGAAAGCUGGUGCAGACAUUGACUGCAAAUAUGCAAGGUGCGAGGACUCAAGUCCCGGGACAUUAUUGUUCCAUGCCUCCUGCAUGGGAGAUGUAGACACCGUGAGACUACUGCUCUGCAAGGGGGCGUCUUUGGUGAAGAGAUCAGACAGGAGCGCAUUCGCACCCCUUCAUGCGGCAGCGAUCAACGGGAGGACAGAAGUGGUGGACUUGCUGGUGCAGCAUGGUGCAACAGUAGACAUACGUGACAGCUGUCAGAACACACCACUCAUGAGAGCCUGCGAUCACAACCAUGUCGACACAGUUCGGAGACUGCUAGAGCUUGGAGCAAGGCCAGAUUUGACCGGUGGUCAUUGCCGGGCUAUAAAGUGCGAUGAAAAUGAAGAGAGUUGGAAGCUGAUAGAAGAGGCGUGGAAGACCAAGCUGUUGAGAUGCUGUAACCCUAAGUGUGGCAAACCAGGCAAAAGGUAGGUUUUGUUAAUGAUGUUAGCACCGUUAAAAUUCUUCACUAUCAUGUGUUUAAAUCAAUAUUAUCGUAUGUGUAAAUUAACCGAAAUAAAGUAUUUUCGAUAUAAAAGGACUAC